AUGGCUUCCUCUUUAUUUGGACUGUUCUCUCUGAGUUUCUCGGAUACUUUUUACUGGGCUGUCGUGCUGAGUGUCCUGUAUUUUCUAUAUAAAGCGUAUUAUUUUCACCUGAAGAGGAAGCAACUGCUGAAAAAUUUUAGUCCUUUUCCAGGUCCUGAGACGCACUGGCUCUAUGGAAAUAUUCAUCAGCUGAAACAAGAUGGCACAGAUCUGGACAAUUUGGCUAGUUACGGGAGAAAAUUUGAAUAUGCGUAUUCCCUGUGGUUUGGAAGAUACUUGGCUGCUCUCUUUGUCUGUCAUCCAGAAUAUGCAAGGGCCAUUCUAACCAGACAAGAUCCAAAGGAUGACUUUGCCUAUUACUUGAUCACCCCAUGGAUUGGGAGAGGGAUAGUGAUAUUGUCUGGUGAAAAAUGGUACCAGCGCCGCAAGCUGAUGACCCCGGGGUUCCAUUAUGAUGUUCUGAAGCCAUAUGUGAAAGUGAUGUCAGACAGCGUUAAUGUGAUGCUGGACAAAUGGGAGCAUCUAGCCUCCGAAAAGAAGUCUAUAGAACUGUUCCAGCAUGUCAGCCUCAUGACACUGGACAUCCUCAUGCAAUGUGCCUUCAGUAACCAAAGCAACUGCCAGUAUGACAGUGAGAGUGAAUACAUCAAGGCUGUAUAUGAGCUUGCCGAUCUGAUAAAUCACCGAUUCCGCUUCUUCCCCUACCAUAAUGAUCUCAUCUUUUACCUGAGCCCUCAUGGGUACCGCUUCCGGAAGGCACUAAAAAUAGUUCAUGGACACACAGAAAAUGUGAUCAAGAAGCGGCAAGAAUCUCUUAAAGAGGAUUCUGAGCUGGAGAAGAUCAAGCAGAAGAGACACUUGGACUUUCUUGAUAUUCUUCUGUUUGCCAAGGAUGAAAAUGGUAAGGGUCUGACUUUUGAGGAAUUGCGUGCAGAGGUGGACACAUUCAUGUUUGCGGGACACGAUUCAACAGGCAGCGGGAUCUCCUGGCUAUUAUAUUGUAUGGCUUUAUACCCCGAACACCAAGAAAAAUGUCGGGAGGAGAUCAGAGAGCUGCUGGGAGGUCGGGACUCCUUAGAAUGGGAGGAUCUGGGUAAGAUGCCGUACACCGCCAUGUGUAUUAAAGAGAGCAUGCGCCUGUAUCCACCAGUGCCAGGAAUUGCCCGUCAGCUUGCCUCAACCAUCACCUUCCCUGAUGGGCGGACCCUGGCUAAAGAUUCUAUGAUUUUUUUGAGUAUAUAUACCAUUAACAGAUGCCCCAGUAUCUGGGAUAAUCCAGAGGUUUUUGAUCCCUUAAGAUUUUCACCAGAGAAUUCCUCUGGCCGACAUUCAUAUGCCUUCGUUCCUUUCUCAGCUGGAUCAAGAAACUGCAUCGGACAGAACUUUGCUAUGAAUGAGAUGAAAGUCGCCCUCGCAUUGACGUUACAGAGAUUUCAAGUGAGCCCGGACCCUGAGAAAGUGCCAAAGAAACUCCCCCAGCUAGUUCUACGAUCUAUAAAUGGUAUCCACGUAUAUCUGAAGAAAAUACCACAGAAAAACUAAGAAUAUCAUUUGUGUGAUGGUGCUGUAUUGUCACUGUACUUUAUAUGUAAUAUACAAU